UUGUAGAGUCAGUGGAGGUGUUUCACGUGGGAGCUUAAAAACUUUUUUUUUUUAAUCAUAAACGAGAAAUAUUUGCUCUUUCGAGCGCCAAAAAAAAUAUAAAAUAAUAAAAAAUACUAAAAAAAAAAUCGUAAAAUACUGAAAAUAUUUAAAAAAUAACUUGAGGCGGAAAGCGGAAUCCUCUGUUGCAUCCAAAGUUACUUAUGUUGUAGGCUUAGCAGAAAAGUAUACGUUUUCCUGAACAAAAUGAAUCCGAGUGGGCCGAAUUAUCCCAUUGCCUCUUUGUAUGUUGGAGAUCUACAUGCUGAUGUUACAGAGGCCAUGCUUUUUGAAAAAUUUUCUACAGCAGGACCAGUUCUUUCCAUAAGAGUUUGCAGAGAUUUGAUCACACGUCGCUCGCUAGGGUAUGCUUAUGUUAAUUUUCAGCAGCCUGUUGAUGCUGAAAGAGCGUUAGACACAAUGAACUUUGACACUGUCAAAGGAAGGCCAAUUAGAAUUAUGUGGUCACAGCGAGAUCCAUCUCUGAGAAAAUCAGGUGUAGGUAAUGUCUUCAUAAAGAACUUGGACAAAAGUAUUGAUAACAAAGCCAUGUAUGACACAUUCUCUGCCUUUGGAAAUAUAUUAUCGUGUAAAGUAGCAACUGAUGAGGAGAGCACUUCAAAAGGCUAUGGAUUUGUUCAUUUUGAAACUGAAGAAGCAAAUAAUGCGAUCAUGAAAGUAAAUGGCAUGCUUCUUAAUGGCAGAAAAGUUUUUGUUGGAAAAUUCAUCCCCCGUAAAGAGCGGGAGAAGCUCUUGGGUGAAAAAGCGCGUCGUUUCAUGAAUGUUUAUAUCAAGAACUUCGGUGAUGAUCUUGAUGAUGAAAAGCUGAGAGAGCUGUUUGAAAAGUAUGGAAAAAUAACAAGUGCCAAGGUAAUGACUGACGAGCUUGGAAAAGCGAAAGGCUUUGGAUUCGUAAGCUUUGAAGAACCAGAGAAUGCUGAAAAGGCUGUUGAAGAUCUUAAUGGGAAAGAAUUAAAUGGAAAGACUUUAUAUGUUGGUCGUGCACAAAAGAAAUCUGAAAGAGCAGCAGAAUUGAAGCGUAGAUUUGAAUUGUUGAAAAUGGAACGUAUGAAUAGAUACCAAGGUGUAAAUUUAUAUGUCAAGAAUCUUGACGAUGCUAUCGAUGAUGAACGCUUAAGAAAAGAAUUUGCACCUUUUGGAACAAUAACUAGUGCUAAAGUCAUGACAGACGGAAAUGGACGUUCCAAGGGAUUUGGCUUUGUCUGCUUCAGCUCUCCAGAAGAAGCAACUAAAGCAGUAACUGAAAUGAAUGGGCGAAUUGUUGUGUCUAAACCUUUGUAUGUUGCUUUAGCUCAACGUAAAGAAGAACGCAAAGCUCAUUUAGCUUCUCAGUACAUGCAACGAAUGGCCGGGAUGCGCAUGCAGCUGGGACAGAUGUUUAACCCAGGAAGUGCCGGAUAUUUUGUACCAACUAUGCCUCAAGCUCAAAGAAGUUACUUCCCACAAAUGGCUCAAAUGCGUGCAACUCCUCGAUGGCCCACCACUCAGCCUCAGAUGCGACCAGGAGGUCAACCAGCUGCAGCAUUCCAAGCUAUGCAGUCUGCUCCAUUUGCUAGAGCAAGCUGCCGUCCAGCAGUUGCAGCUUCGCAAAAUCCAGGAAUGAGAGCCGGUAUGAAUGCUCGACCCAUAACAGGCCAACAACCCACUGCUGCAGCAGCUGCUGCAUCUGGAACAAGAGUUGCUGCAAUGGGUCCUACUGGUGUAGGUGCUGCACGACCUACUAGUAUGGCUUCUGCAAAUGUCAAUCAAAGACCAGCCACAUACAAAUAUACUUCCAACAUGCGAAAUCCACCACAACCUCAAACAGUUCAACAAGCUGUUACCCAGCAAGCUGUGGCUCAGCAAGCCGUGCAUAUACAAGGCCAAGAACCUUUGACUGCUUCCAUGUUAGCAGAUGCCAAUGCUCAAGAGCAGAAGCAAAUGCUAGGUGAACGAUUGUUCCCUGUAAUCCAUCGUUGGUAUCCUGAGAUGGCUGGAAAGAUCACUGGAAUGUUGUUGGAAAUAGAUAAUUCUGAAUUGUUGCAUAUGUUAGAACAUCAAGAGUCACUGAAAGCUAAAGUUGAAGAAGCUGUUGCUGUACUUCAAGCUCAUCAUGCUAAAGAAAAUAUAUCAGUUGCCGGAGGCAUAAAGAAAGAAGCUUAACUGUCUUGUUCUCUGAGCAAGUAUACAGGAACGUUUCUUCCGUUAUAUACAAUAAAAAAAGAAAAAGAAAAAAAAAGAGAAAAGAGAAAAACCCCACGUGAAUACCAUGCUUUAUAAUAUAAAAAAAUGACAAAAAAA